AUGCCUUCUGUCUUCUUGAUCGGUGCCACAGGCUACCUCGGUGGCUCUCUACUCGUCCAGAUCAGAAAACACCACCCCUCCUGGCCCAUAACCGCCCUCGUGCGCAACCCCCAAUGCGCCCCCUCCAUCGCCUCAACUGGCGCCACCGUCGUCCUACCCACCGCCGACAAGGACCAGCAGGCCGUCAUCGCCGAAGAGACGUACAACGCCGACAUCACCAUCAACGCGGCCGACUGCGACGACGAGACGCUGUGCCAGACUAUGCUGGGCGCUAUGAGGAAGAGGAAGCAAGAUGGGAAGGGGAAGGGGGUGUUGCUGCAUACGAGCGGGACGAUGCUGUUUAAUGACGUCAGCGCGGGCGGGAAGCGCGUCGACGGGAAGUACUGGAACGACAACGACGAGACGGAUAUGAGGAAUAUCAGCCCCGGUGCUAUGCACGGGCCCGUGGACACCGCCAUCCUGAAGGCAGGCGAAGAAGGCUACGUAACGAACUUCACGAUCUGCCCCGUCAACAUCGUCGGGCCUGGCACCGGCCCGCUAAAGCGGCCCUCGCAGUUCAUACAGCUGCUCGUCGGGUUUCUGUUGCGGUACGAGCGGCCGACGUAUCCCGGGGAGGGGAGCAGCCGGUACAACUACGUGCACAUAGACGACCUGCUCGACCUCUACGCGCGCGUUCUAGACGCCAUCGCAUCCGGCUCCCAAACCGACGCCAGUCCUUACACGCGGUUCUACAUCGCCGACGACCACGAGAUAGACACUAAGACUGUAACAGAGAUCUACGGCGCCGAGCUCGCGCGUCUCGGACUACUUUCGUCGAGCGAGGCGGAGAGCGUGGCCGUUGAGAAGCUCGACCCGAGUGUAGGGGUGCUGGCGCACGAUGUGCGUGUAAGGGGCGAGCGCGGGCGGAAGGUGUUGGGGUGGACGACGCGGGGCGUGGAUUUGAGCGAUACUGUGGUGGGGGAUGUGGAGGUUGCUUUGGAGGUCGUUCGUCCGUCAUCGCAGAAUGUAUCAUAA